GAGUAAUUACUGCUCUGGAAAAAAACCUUGGUUUUUCAAAAUAUAAUAUUGGAACGAGUAAUUACUGCUCUGGAAGAAAGAGAAACCUCUACAAAGCCCAAAUCUCUCCCUAGAAAAAAUCACCGAAUAGGUUUCAACGAUAACCGCUACUCUCUCUCUCUCCACCGUUUCAUCACACACACCACCACCGAUGGCCGCCGCAUCAUCACCACGCGAAGACAAUGUAUACAUGGCGAAACUCGCCGAACAAGCCGAACGCUACGAAGAAAUGGUUGAAUUCAUGGAGAAAGUCGUCGCCGCCGCAGACGGCGGCGAAGAACUCACCAUCGAGGAGCGAAACCUCCUCUCCGUCGCCUACAAGAACGUGAUCGGAGCACGGAGAGCUUCCUGGCGUAUCAUCUCAUCAAUCGAGCAGAAAGAGGAGAGCAGAGGCAACGAAGCUCACGUUUCGACCAUCCGUGAUUACAGAUCUAAGAUCGAGUCGGAGUUAUCUUCGAUCUGUGAUGGUAUUCUGAAGCUUCUGGACUCGAAGCUGAUUGGAUCUGCUACUAGCGGUGACUCUAAGGUGUUCUAUUUGAAGAUGAAAGGUGAUUAUUACAGGUAUUUGGCUGAGUUUAAGACUGGAUCUGAGAGGAAGGAAGCUGCUGAGAAUACUCUGUCUGCUUACAAAGCGGCUCAGGAUAUUGCGAAUGCAGAACUGGCUCCAACUCACCCGAUCCGUCUUGGACUGGCGCUUAACUUCUCUGUGUUCUACUAUGAGAUCUUGAAUUCUCCUGACCGUGCAUGUAAUCUUGCGAAACAGGCUUUUGAUGAAGCAAUUGCAGAAUUGGAUACCCUAGGAGAGGAUUCCUACAAGGACAGCACCCUGAUAAUGCAGCUUCUUCGUGAUAACCUCACGUUGUGGACCUCAGACAUGCAGGAUGACAGUGCCGAGGAAAUUAAAGAAGCACCCAAGGCCGACGAGUAACAACUUUUCUCUCGUCUUCAAGACCGUACUGUGGUUUGUAAUUGUUUGCUUUUCGAUUGAAAAAAUGCUACGCGUUGCGAGUGUCUACUCUUUAGCUGUAGGAAUUUUAUGCAUUUCUGUUCUGAAUAUUAUGCUUAAUUGACUUCCAAGUUCCAUCCUUGCAAUACUUUCUAGGUUGUGAUUUUAUAAGUACUAAUUAAUAUUUGUGGUUAUACGUACAAGUAUCUUUGAUUUA